CUAAUCAAACUCGCAUGUCUUUGACUUUCCUAACACACGCGCAUUUUUGUUUUGCUGCGCGAGAUCCGCAAUGAAUGUUGUUUACCCAAGCAGGUGGAUGUGACGUCACGGACUCAGAACAUCAAAAAAUAACAACAUCCAAAUCCGCGAUUCUCUCUCUUUUUCGUGCGCGUGCAAGGAGCGAUAAAGUGUAAUAACAUCAGUAGCAGCUCGCGCUCGUGAUCGGCGGAGAAAGGUGACGUGAAACGGACUGGAAACGGCUUCCACGCGGACUGUUUGCAGUUGAAGUUGUAAUUGUUAGUUAUUUACAGUGCACGCGCUCGUGGUACACAAGAUCGCGUGAAGAGCUGAACUAUUUUCGCGCACAAAUUACGCGUUGCCGCGUCUCUAUCAAACCCCGACUUCUCAGAGAAGUUAAGGGGAUUUAAGCAGACAGACUGCGAUCGUCACAGCAGCUGAACCUCAACCUGAGACGAUUGAACUUGCUGCGCCACAACCUAUGGUUACGCCUCUUCCUUCCAUUUUCUGAAUUCUGAUUGGAAGAAUGGAAUGUCAAUCUUAUUAAAGCAAGUGACUGCGGGAGGAGAGCUGAGUGGUCCAGGCCUGCGGAUGCUGAGGAUUCAGGACGGGUGUGUUGAAACAAAGAACGACCAGCGAGACAGGAAGGAGAAACAGAUACGCCGUUUUCUCAGCAGAACAGCAGGAGAAAAGGUGUUGAAAUAUUGGUGAGCCUACGCAUGCAUCCUGGGCAGGGAGGUUAAACAACGCUGGAACUGAAGACGGCCUCAAUAAUCAAGUCCUUGGAGAAGGUAUAUAUCAGUAGGGCAUAAGGGUUGGUGUGUUUCAAGAGCAGAUUAGUGCAGCCACAGGUUUGCGUCCCUUCUCUCUCGGCUCCCUCAUACACGAGACUUCAACCGCUAUCUGACCAAUCACACGCUUGUAUUCACCUCUAUGGUUGGUUUUUAAGUCAUGAUGCAAGAGUCAGGGACAGAGGCGGCAAGCAACGGAACGGCCAAUCAGAACGGCAUCCCCCCAGGUGUGGACGGACACAGAGAAGUUCGAUCCAAAAGUGCCACACCUUCUUCUGACAUCACAGCAUCCGAUAUUUUGAACUUCCAGCAACAGCAGGCCUUACAAGUUGCUCGGCAGAUCCUUCUCCGACAACAACAACAGCAGAGCGGCGCCCACAAGUCCCCCAAAAACAAUGAAACACAGCCUGCACCACAGGUCCCAGUUUCUGUUGCUAUGAUGACACCACAGGUCAUAACUCCUCAACAGAUGCAGCAGAUCCUCCAACACCAAGUUUUGAGCCCCCAGCAGCUCCAACUGUUACUGCAGCAACAACAAGCACUGAUGUUACAGCAGCAGCAGCUUCAGGAGUUCUACAAGAAACAGCAAGAACAACUCCACCUUCAGCUCAUCCAGCAGCAGCAUGGCACCAAGGCGCAGAGCAAAGAGCGUGCCCUCAACAUUGCUCCACCCUCCCUCCUUACUGAAAAGACCCGGAUUGCUGGUCUUUACCAUACAGUUUGUUGGCCUUCAGAUGCUGGUCCCCAUCAUGCAGAACUGGUGUCUGCGCAGCAGCUGGCAUUCCAGCAGCAGCUCCUUCAGGUUCAGCAGCUGCAGCAGCAGCAUCUUCUGAAUCUGCAAAGACAAGGCCUGCUGUCUAUCCAACCAAACCAGACUCUGCCCCUGCACUCCCUCACUCAGGGCAUGAUUCCAGCUGAACUACAGCAGCUGUGGAAGGAGGUAACAAACAGCCAUGUGAAGGAGGAGAACAGCGCAACAAAUAACGGGCACCGGGGUCUGGACCUGUCGUCACCUUCUCCCGCCCCUCCUAAAACCCACAACCAGCACGUAUCCACCAACGGGCAGUACAUCAGCCAUGCACCCAAGAGAGAGAGUUCAACGUUGGAUGAUCAUUCGUCCCACAGUCAUCCUCUCUACGGUCACGGCGUCUGCAAAUGGCCAGGAUGUGAAGCCGUGUUUGACGAUUAUCAGAUGUUUCUGAAACAUCUGAAUAAUGAACAUGCUCUGGAUGACAGGAGCACAGCGCAGUGUCGGGUACAGAUGCAAGUAGUUCAGCAGCUGGAACUGCAGUUAGCAAAAGACAAAGAGCGUCUCCAAGCCAUGAUGACACAUCUGCACGUAAAGUCUACAGAGCCCAAAUCCACCCCACAGCCACUGAACCUGGUGUCCAACGUUACCCUGUCCAAGACGGCUCCCGAAGCCUCUCCGCCCCUCAGCCUACCCCGGACGCCCACCACCCCGACGGCACCCCUUACACCGCUCUCACAAACCCACUCCGUUAUCACUCCCACCAGCCUGCACAAUGUGGGACCCAUGCGCAGACGCUACUCUGACAAGUACAACAUGCCCAUAUCUCCGGAUAUUGUCCAGAACAAAGAAUUCUAUAUGAACGCUGAAGUACGACCUCCUUUCACGUACGCUUCAUUAAUACGACAGGCAAUACUAGAGUCGCCAGAUAGACAGCUAACACUAAACGAGAUCUACAAUUGGUUCACGCGAAUGUUUGCAUAUUUUAGACGCAAUGCAGCGACGUGGAAGAACGCAGUGCGGCAUAACCUUAGUCUUCACAAGUGUUUUGUGCGGGUAGAGAACGUUAAAGGGGCGGUAUGGACCGUCGACGAACUAGAGUUCCAAAAGAGAAGGCCGCAAAAGAUCAGCGGAACUCCAGCUCUUGUUAAGAACAUCCAUACCACUUUGGGAUAUGGUCCCGCCCUUUCUGCAGCUUUCCAGGCUUCGAUGGCAGAGAACAACAUACCUCUAUACACUACCGCUUCCAUCGGAAGUCCCACUCUUAACUCGCUUGCCAGCGUCAUCCGAGAGGAAAUGAAUGGGGCCAUGGACCACGGGAACAGCAACGGUAGUGACAGCAGCCCUGGACGCUCGCCCCUGCCAACUAUGCAUCAUAUCAGCGUUAAAGAAGAGCCACUGGACCCGGAGGAACACGAAGGUCCCCUUUCCCUCGUGACGACAGCCAAUCACAGUCCAGACUUUGAUCACCACAGAGAUUACGAGGACGACCACGGGCACGAGGACAUGCUGUAAGCCUGGUUUCUCCCGACGAGGCCAAACUAACUGCGGUCACCUGCGAGAUAUAGCAAGCCCAAGACUGAAUUCACAGUACUCUUGUUGACAGCUAUUCAAAUGUUACUCUUAGUGCCAUUUAAAUACGUGAUAAGAAAAAUCGAAUCCGUUUGGAAGUAUUUUUGAUUUGUUUCUACUUUUCGGUUAAGAGACUCAAGAGCGUAAAUUUCUACUCGUCACUCGAUGAAGAGACGUUUGGUACUGGGGGCCUGCUUCUACUUCCUUUUGGCAUAGUGUCACCGAGACCAGAGCGGACAUUGAAACGCAGCUGAGAAAGACUGGCUCAUCGCCCUCUGAGUCUUAAUAAACACUGAUCAGAACUGUAAAGCACACACACACACAAAUCAAUAGCGCUUGGAGCGUGCCACUCACAUGGUGUGCGUGUAUGUAUGUGACUUUAAAUCAUUGCCUUCUUUAGACCUUCUUAAAGAGAUAGUUCACCCAAAAAUGAAAAUCAUUCACCCUCUUCUUGUUUCAAAUUUGUUACUUUUGAAAUUGUUUAAUAAAAAUCCCGACAUAUCCUUGGCUUAUUGCUGCGUUCACACCAGGCGCAGUAGAGGCGUCAAGCGCGAGUGAUUUCAAUGUUAAGUCAAUGUGAAGAUGCGUUGAUGCACGUCUGGAGGUCUUGCGGCGCAAAUGAGAGCAUUUAGCGCGGUAGACGCGAUUCCACCUCAUUCGUGCGUCUAGUUCACGCGAAUUAAGCGUUGCCGCGGGAAAUGCGCGAGUUGAAAAAUUUUAACUUUGGCGGAAAAACGCACAAUCAGGACCUUGCUCUAGUAGUUGCGUGAUUACAGGAAGCGAGAAGCCCCUCCCAUGAUGCGAAUUUCCGCGUGAAUGUCGCGAUGACUAGAAUUUCACGCGUGAAUGAAGCGAGUAAACUCUAAAUGUUAAAGCGGGUUUGACACCUCAAACGCGACUGGUGUGAACCCACAAGAGAAGUUCGCGAUUUAUAAUUAGAAUUGUUUAAUAAAACUGAUAUGGGUUUUGAAUGCAAGAGGGUGCGCAAAAUUUCAUUUUUGGAUAAACUCUUUCUUUAAGUUUGUUUCCGUCACAGCUGGAAAAUGUCUUGAGGGUUCCUGAGCAAAUAAUUUAAACAUAGUGUCCUUUCAUUACUCUGUGCUGUUAGCUAUAUAUCCUUUUUUUUUUUGGGUUUGUUUGUUUUGGUAACUGAUCAGACCUCAUGAAUAAUAAUGUGGAGUUAUGGUGUGCUUAGCACUGGAUGAAUGUGUCAGGCUUCUUUCGUCAUGCUAUCUUUUCCUUGAAAAUUGAAACGGAAUGUCGCAUUACCGUGUAGUAUUUUUCUGUCAUUUGUUCCCAGCGGAUCGCCACUCCGCAGUCACAUCGCCCUUGCGUGCGAACACACACUUUCUCAUUCAUGACGAUUCUCUGCAAAUGCACUAUUCGUAAUGAAGGCUCUCUCUCUCUCCACGCACCGAUGAAGUUUAAUUUUCCUAUGGAAUGAAUGACAGAGAAAUCAACGCAGGUUUAUCAUAAAAAAAUUAUAAUUUCAAAAAUCCCCCUUCGUGGUGAUGCAUGUUAGCGUCAACCGAAUUGCAAGCAUCUAUAUUAAAAAAAGAAAGCAUCAUUGAUAAUUGUUAGUCAUCAAGCUAUUUGUGAUUUUGUUGGCGUAAACUGUCUUUGCAUUCCCUUUAGUUUUUUUUUACCACAUCACGACUGGUUCGUCCUCUCUGUUAUUAGGCAUUAUUAAUAAUUACACACAAGAUAAAAUGUUAAAGGGAUUAUUUACAGCCACGACCGCUGAGCAUUACAACAUAAGGGCAGCCCACUAUAACCGUUCACUUCAUGUUGUUUCCGACUGGAUGUUCUUGAAACUUGGGAACAACUCGGAAUUGCUGCCUGCUAGUUUAGAGACAGGCAAAAUUUUUGGACUGCGCAGAGAUUAGAAAAGUAUAGAUUAGACUUUUUUUUAAGAUUGCAACCAACCACUUUUUUGUUCUUAUUUAUUACUUCCAGUGUUUAUUGUCUUUUUAUUUUUACUUUGUCUGUGACUACCAAAGAUACUACAAGUUGAUAUAUUCUGUGUUCAUGCAAUAGUUUAACAUAAAGGCCAAAUAUCUUUAGUAUUCCCCACACUGGCUAAAUGCAAAAAGAUGUUUCAAACUGUAUUAUAGUGAAUGAAUCGGUGAAAAAAGCCAAAGGGGUGUUCGACGGGCAGCUGUCUUUGCCCAUGACCAAAAUAGGAGAGACCAACAGACGACCAAAUCAAAGCAAUGUUGUCUUUGGGCCAAUGAAAAGGAAAAAGGGAGUGUUCUAUCUGAAAAUGAUGAUGAUGGUUAUGAAGAAAGAGUUUAGGACUGUGUUCACGGGAUAUUUAAAUCCAGAAAGGGGAAAGCAUUUGCAUAACACAAUGUGAACAGAUUUCAAACUGGACCACACAAUAAUAGACACAUGUUGUUGUUUUUAUGUUGCCAUUUAAGAUUGUAUGCCACUUAUCUUGUAAAUCCACAACGGGAUGUCCUUUGUUAUCCUUGGCAAUGCUCUAUGAUUGUGAUUUAGUGUCUGUCAACUUAUUACUUUUUUAUAUUAAAAAACACUCCUGUCAACCAAUAAGCUGGGUACAAGGUACUUUAAUGGUAGUUAAUACUACAUGUAAAUUUAUCCAAUCGUUUUUCUUACUGAUGAAAAGGGCAAUCUGUGGUUCACCCAAAUGCAUCAAACAUGCCUGCAAAGGACAGUGGGAUACGAUUCAAGCUUGGAUGGAUUGCCGUCUCUGAUUGGUUAAUUGUUAUUCUUGAGCAGGACGACGAGACCACUCACCGCAUGUGUAGCUCGGCAUUACUGAAGAAAUACAGCAUGAGAAACUGUUAGUACGCAUACCUCAGUUCAAUCCUUAUAGGGAAUGAGUAAAUAAAUAAUAUAACAUUUCACUCAGUUGCACUUAGUUGUACGUCUUGCAUGUUUAGUCUAAAACUGUAGCAAACUAUUUUAAGAAAAAGAUUUUUAAAAAUAUAUAAAAAUCAGAGCUUGGUAAUCAUUGGGGGGUCUCUUUGUGUGUGUGUUUUUUUUUUAAGCAAAUCCAAACCUCAGGAUUUUUUAUUGUUGAAAACUCCACUUAGCUUGCUUCAAUGUUCAUUUUUUUUACUUCCUCUCCGGUAAACUGCUUCCAAGACUGCUGUUUUUAGCUUUUGUUAAAGUAUAGGUUGUACAUA